CUCUCUCUCUGCUUAGUGCUUCACUAGCCAAAUAAACCCACCUUCAAAACACUCUUCAUUUUUGCUCUUGUCAUCUCUCUUGCCUCUCUGAUCAUCCUUCCUCUUCUUCAUUUAUCUCUUAAUUUGUAUUUGCAUGUAAUCAUAAAAUGUUGGAGGAAGGAAAUUAAUAGUACGUAGGUACUCACUCUAAUUCUUACUUCUGUUUCUACUCAGGAAACAAUUUUAUUUGUGUUUUCCUAGCUUGCCCAUCAUCUUCUUAACUUCUUUGAUUGAUAGAUAGAGAGAUGGGUGUCCAGUGCACUAAUUUGUUUGUAGCUUAGAUACAUACAUUGUUAUCCCCAUCCACACUACCCAGUCAUUAUAACAUUAAUUGCUCAAAUCUUGAACAAGACAACCAAAUUGAUCAUAGCCUUGUUUUGUAACCCUACCUGCUUCUUAAGUUGUAAUCCUUCUUCUUAAACACCAUUUUCAUCUUUCCAUUCCAUGUAAAAGCUCUCGACUCUUUUGUGAUCAGCAUAGUCUCUCAAUUAUUUGUCUGUCUCUCUUCCCAUCUUGCUUCCUUUCUUUUUCUUUCUUUUUUGUUUUUGAAAUUUCCCAGUACCCAAAGUUGGAUGAAAAAGAGAGAAACAGUAAGUAGGAAAAACACAACCUGGCUAGUGUCAAAUCUUGAGGGCACCAUCACUUUUUGUUUUUUGCUGUUACUAAUUACAGGUCUUAAGAUCAUCACUUAGCUCUCCUAAUUCUGUCUUGUACUUGUCUUUCUCUCUCAAAAAAAAAAAACCAGAAGUAGUAGAAGUAGUACCUCUUCAUACAUUUUGAUCAUACCUCCAGGUCUGUUUUUUAUAAGCUCUUUCCCCCAAAAUAUGUUUUUUCUAAUAUUCCCCACAUUUUAAUUCUUCCUUUUUGUUAUUUUCUUAUCCCGGGUCUCUGCCAUUUUUAUUAAAACAAAAACAAUAAAACAAAAGCCAGAGAGUGAGUGAGAGAGAGGAGGAGAAAAAGAAAGCUUAUUAAAAACCUAUUUAGACAAGUUUCAAGAGAAAAAACAAUAUAUCCUAGUGUAUUCUAAUUAAUCAUUUUAAGUCUCUCAUCUGUCUUUCUUUCUUUCCUCCUCCUCUUUUGGUCUCCAAACCAACAGCACACAAAAGUGUAAGUAAGCAAGCACACUUAACUAGCUUUCAAACUUACAGCCAUUCAGAGAGAGAGAGAUGGAUCUUUCUGGUCAUGAAGGAGAAAUACCGAUCCCAAUAACCAGCAGUUAUGGUGGAGGAGGAGGAGGAGUACACAGUCAUGUUCAUGCUGCUCACGCAAUUCAUCAUGAACCUACUUCACACAACCACAUUAUUAUCCCUUCAUCAACAACACCUCAUCAACUUCCUUCAAAUGGAGCCAUUAUAUCUCCUACUACCAUAGAUGACCAUAUGCCGUACACAAAGAAGCUGGUCAAGUAUAGAGAAUGUCUCAAGAACCAUGCAGCAGCCAUGGGUGGAAAUGCAACAGACGGCUGUGGGGAAUUCAUGCCAAGUGGUGAAGUAGGUAGCCUCGAAGCUUUAAAGUGUUCAGCUUGUAAUUGCCAUAGAAAUUUCCAUAGGAAAGAGAUUGAAGGUGAAGCUACUUCCUGUGAUUUUUACCGCCCUUCACAUCUCAACAGCAAAAUGGGGAGGAAGAUCAUUGUGGGUCAUCACAAAGUUUUGGGAUCAGAAGCUUUAGGGUACCCUACAGGUGCUAUCAUACCUUCUAGAGGAGCACAACCACCUCAUCAUCACCAUCAUCCGUUGAUACUUCCUUAUAACAUGAGUUCACUUCCUUCAGAGUCUGAUGAACAAGAAGGUGUUGGCGGUGGUGGUGAUCAUGGAAUCUUGGCAAGAGCUUCACAUGCUGUGAAAAAGAGGUUUAGGACCAAAUUCUCACAAGAUCAGAAGGAUAAAAUGUUGAACUUUGCUGAGAAAGUUGGGUGGAGGAUACAAAAGCAAGAAGAAUCUGUUGUUCAACAAUUCUGUCAGGAAAUUGGUGUUAAGAGAAGAGUUCUUAAGGUCUGGAUGCACAACAACAAACUUAAUCUGGCCAAGAAACAGAAUAACAAUUCUUCCUCUACUCCUUAAUUAAUUUCUCUCUUUUCCCUGUGAUCUUUUAUUAAUGUUUGUGUGUAAUUUAGUUUAGUUUAGUUAGAUAUGAAGUUUAUGAUCUGGUUCAGAAACAAAUUAUGGACGUUCUUGUUUAGAAUUGGAUUAUCAAGUCUGAAAACCCAUUUUAAUUAUCUUAGUUAAUCUAAUUUUUCCUAGUUAAUUAAUGAAGUAGCUAGCAGCUAGUAGUAUAGGAGUGUUGUCUCUCUAUGACUUUACUUUUUCAUAGAAUUCAGUUCAUGAAAUGAUUAAUCAAAAGGAUGUGUGGUGUGGAUUUAA